GUGCAAAAUACAAACCCAAACCCUCUUCAACAGUCAACCGUAUUCACCAUCAAUCAGCACCACCACUACUGUUACCGACGUCGGCGCUGCCGUUGCCGACGAUCUACCCACCACGCACCACCAUCUUGGCGCGGUGACUAAUAAACGAAGUGUGGAUGCAACUCCUUUUUCUGCAAUACGCCACCACUUUCCACUUUUCGUGCCCUAAAGCCCUUGAUAAAACCUCAUUAUCCCCACCGAGUACGGCGAUGAAGGAUAUACCGCGUACGUCUUCGUACGGCUCCGUGUAUGUGCCUCCCCACCACCGCCUUCGCUCCGUCAUCACUUCCUCUGCCUCUUCCCCUGAUAUCUCCUCUACUUCCCGUGCUGUUGUUGCCAACAAUUCUUUUGUUAAGUCAUCUCACACUAAUAAUAAUAGUUUAGGGACUUCUUAUCCUUACUUGCCUCCCAACCAACAACACCAAAAAUCACAGGUCCAUGACGUCUCGGAAGAAGUUACCUACCGCGGAUUAGACCCUUCUAUUCCCACCGGUGCUUCCACAUCUGAUAUGGAUUCUUGGAAGUGGAGGCUAACAACACUAGUGCACAGCAAGGAUGAACAAGAGCUGGUUUCAAGGGAAAAAAAGGACAGACGUGAUUAUGACCAAAUAGCAGCCCUGGCAACUAGAAUGGGUUUGCAUAGCCAUUUGUAUGCCAAAGUGCUUGUGGUUAGCAAGCUUCCUUUGCCAAACUAUCGAUUUGAUCUGGACGAUAAACGCCCACAGAGGGAGCAGGUGUCCGUAUCUCAGGGGUUGCAAAGGAGAGUUGAUGCUCAUCUCAGGGAAUACCUUUCUCACAAGGCCAGGAGUAUGAAGGGUUCUCAAGAUAAUUUGUUUUGGAGGACAAGUAGCAGCGGGAGCAUUGCUACUGAUGAAGGACUCUUUGAGCAACCAGAGGUGCUUCCACAGAGCAAAGCUGCAAUGGAGAAAGUCCUUUGGCGAAGGAGCAUGCAACUGCAGACUGAGCAACGAGCUUGGCAGGAAUCUUCAGAAGGUUUCAAGAUGCUAGAGUUUCGUAGAAGUCUCCCUGCUUACAAAGAGAAAGAUGCAAUAUUGAAUGCAAUUUCACAGAAUCAGGUUGUUAUCAUCUCAGGUGAAACUGGUUGUGGGAAGACAACGCAGAUUCCCCAGUUCAUUUUAGAAUCAGAGAUUAAUUCUGGUCGUGGGGCCACAUGUAGUAUCAUAUGUACUCAGCCUCGACGUAUAUCUGCGAUGUCUGUUUCCGAAAGAAUUGCCAGUGAAAGAGGAGAGAAGUUGGGUGAAACUGUUGGAUAUAGAGUUCGGUUAGAGGGUAUAAAAGGAAGAGAUACCCGCCUGCUAUUCUGCACCACAGGAAUUUUGUUGAGAAAAUUACUAGUUGAUAGAAACUUGAAGGGUGUGACUCAUGUUCUUGUAGAUGAGAUUCAUGAGCGUGGCAUGAAUGAAGAUUUUCUGCUCAUUGUUCUGAAAGAACUACUUCCUCGUCGGCCAGAACUGAGGCUUAUUUUGAUGAGUGCAACCCUGGAUGCAGAGCUCUUUUCUUCCUACUUUGGUGGUGUUCCAUUGGUCCAGAUUCCGGGUUUCACGCACCCAGUUCAUACCUAUUUUCUUGAAGAUGUUCUGGAAAAAACCGGAUACAGAUUAACAGCAGAAAAUCAAAUUGAUGAUUAUGGUCAGGAUAGAACAUGGAAAUCUAAUAAACAAGUUAUAAGAAAGAGGAAAAGCCAAAUUGCCUCAGCUGUUGAGGAGGCACUUGGAUCGGCUGAUUUUAAGGAAUUCAGCCAACAGACACAGGAAUCUAUGUCUUGUUGGAAUCCCGACUGCAUAGGUUUCAACCUCAUAGAAUUCUUACUAUGCAGUAUGUGUGAGAAUGAAAAUCCUGGUGCUAUUUUAGUAUUUAUGACCGGGUGGGAUGACAUAAGUUCUCUGAAGGACAAGCUACAAGCACAUCCUCUACUGGGGGAUCCAAGUCGAGUUUUGUUGCUUGCAUGCCAUGGUUCUAUGGGCAGCUCGGAGCAGAGGUUAAUAUUCGAAAGGCCAGAAGCUGGGGUGAGGAAAAUAGUUUUGGCUACAAAUAUGGCAGAAACCAGUAUCACAAUAGAUGAUGUGGUUUUUGUUAUCGACUGUGGAAAGGCCAAAGAGACAUCGUAUGAUGCUCUAAACAAUACCCCUUGCCUGCUUCCUUCAUGGAUAUCUAAGGGUUCUGCUAAACAAAGGCGAGGACGAGCCGGUCGUGUUCAACCAGGAGAGUGUUACCAUCUAUAUCCUAGAUGUGUCUAUGAUGCUUUUGCAGAUUAUCAAUUGGCAGAAAUACUGAGGACGCCUCUGCAAUCACUGUGUCUCCAAAUUAAAAGUUUAAAAUUAGGAAGUAUUUCUGAAUUCUUAUCUAAGGCUUUACAGUCACCUGAGUUAUUAGCGGUUCAAAAUGCCAUCGAGUAUCUCAAGAUUAUUGGUGCUUUAGAUGAGAGUGAAAAUCUGACUGUAUUGGGUCGUUAUUUGACAAUGCUUCCGGUGGAGCCCAAACUUGGAAAGAUGCUUAUACUGGGUGCGAUUCUUUAUUGCCUGGACCCUAUACUGACAGUUGUUGCUGGUCUUAGUGUCAGAGAUCCUUUUUUGGCACCUCUAGACAAGAAGGAUUUGGCAGAGGCAGCGAAAGCACAAUUUUCCUGUGAUUACAGUGACCAUCUUGCUCUUGUCAGGGCGUAUGAGGGUUGGAAAGUAGCUGAAUAUGGUCUUACUGGUUACGAAUACUGUUGGAAAAAUUUUCUCUCCGCACAGUCAAUGAAAGCUAUUGAUUCUCUCCGUAGGGAAUUUCAAUCGUUGCUCAAGGAUACCGGUCUUAUCGACAGCAACACACCCAUUUACAACACUUGGAGCUAUGAUGAGAAUCUCCUUCGGGCAGUUAUCUGCUACGGAUUGUAUCCAGGAAUUUGCUCUGUCGUGCACAACGAGAAGUCAUUCUCACUGAAAACAAUGGAGGAUGGUCAGGUGCUUCUACACUCUAACUCGGUUAAUGCACGUGAUUCUAAAAUUCCAUACCCAUGGCUGGUCUUCAAUGAAAAGAUCAAAGUGAACUCCAUUUUUCUUCGAGAUUCAACAGCUGUGUCUGAUUCAGUGCUGCUCCUCUUUGGUGGAAGCAUUUUGAGAGGCGAUAUUGAUGGCCACUUGAAAAUGUUAGGAGGAUACCUGGAGUUCUUUAUGGAGCCUGCAUUAGCAGAAAUGUAUCAAAGCUUAAGACGUGAGCUUGAUGAAUUAUUUCAGUGUAAACUGAUGAAUCCCAGAAUGGACUUGCACACCCACCAUGAUCUUUUAUCUGCCGUGCGCUUGCUGCUCCCUGGAGAUCAAUGUAACGGCAGAUUUGUAUUCAACCAUCAGGUGCUAUAUAGUAAUUCAAAACCUUAUAUUGCAUCAGUGCCACCACCACCACCACUAGUUUCCCGGGUAGAAAGUGGACCAGGCGGGGAUAACUCCAAGAGUCAACUCCAAACAUUACUUAGCAGGGCUGGUUAUGCCGCCCCAAUCUACAGGACCAACCAAUUGUCAAACAACCAGUUUAGAUCGAUUUGUGAAUUCAAUGGCAUGCAGAUUAUGGGCCAUCCUUGUCACAACAAGAAACAAGCAGAAAAGGAUGCUGCUGCAGAGGCUUUAGAGCAGCUCAUGGGCGGCAAAAAUGCAGCCCGUGAUUCAAUUGAUAACUUGUCGAUGAUGCUGAAGAAAAGCAAGAAGAAUCACAACUAAGGUAAAUGAAAGGGAAGCUCUCAUCUUUGGAGCAAUCCCAAUUGGGAUAAAGCAUUUGUGAUGAUGCGCGUGAAAUGUUGGGGAUAUUAUAGUCCCCAAGUAUUGGUUUGAAGCAGUUAAUUUUUGCCGGUGGAUGGGCUGCGAGGCGAUUUGAAUGUUUUUUGAUCAUCUUGAAGCAAAAUGGUUGCCAGAUUCUAAUAUUCUAGGCAAUCGACUACUAAAUGAGUGGGUGGUUAAUUAGGAAUGAUGUUCCAUUAGAAGCAGAGCAGGUAGAUGAAUCUUUUGUACAUAAUUAAUGUCAGUAGUUACUUGCUUCAAUGGUAUGGCCAACAAAUUAAGUAGGAUUUGGAUUACUUCUAAAAGACCAAUUUCUAGAGAACUGAAGCUUUUGGGAUGAGCAUGGCAAAUGAGCUUUUGGGAUGUGGGAAAUGAAGUACCCCCAUUGACAUAAUAUGACAUU